UGCAGACCACCCCACGGGACCGCUAUCAGCAGCUCUGGAGACACACAGAGACGGCCUGCAGGAGAGACUGACUGCUGCACAGAACAGACUGCCUCAGAUCUCGGAGGCCCUGGUGUCUCUGAGAGAGAUCCUACAGCAGCUGACCAAUCAGAGAGCUUUGAUCGAGGAGGACAUCCACGUCAGCUUCGAAGAGCUCCACAAGACCCUGGACGUCAGGAAGAGUGUCCUACUGAUGGAGCUAGAGGUCACCUACGGACUGAAACAGAAGGUCUUGCAGGCCCAGCUGGACACCUUACUCCAUGGCCAGGGGGGUAUCGUUGACACAUGUACCCAGACAGAGGAGACCCUGAGCGUGGAGGCCCGUGCCACGAGCCUGCAGGCUGAGAGAGGCCUUGGGGAGAGGCUGAGGGAUCUGGCCAGCCAAGGGCUACCGUUCCAGGCUGAGGAGAACGAUCAGCUGGAUUUACUGAUGGAGACAGAGGGGCUGAGAAAGUCUAUCCACAAACUGGGGACUAUCAUCACGACCAGUAAAUCCAGCUGA